AUGACAAGUAGCUUCCCACCACCUACAGAAGUGACAAGUAGCUUCCCACCAUCUACUUCUGUAGAUGGUGGGAAGCUACUCGUCACUUGUAGCUUUCCACCAUCUACAAAAGUCACGAGUAGCUUCCCACCAUCUACAGAAGUGACAAGUAGCUUCCCACCAUCUACAAAAGUGAGAAGUAGCUUCCCACCAUCUUCAGAAGUGACAAGUAGCCUCCCACCAUCUACAGAAGUGACAAGUAGCUUCCCACUAUCAACAGAAGUGACGAGUAGCUUUCUACCAUCUACAGAAGUGACAAGUAGCCUCCCACCAUCUACAGAAGUGACAAGUAGCUUCCCACCAUCUACGGAAGUGAAGAAUAGCUUUCUAUCAUUUACAGAAGUGACAAGUAGCUUCCCAUUAUCUACAGAAGUGACAAGUAGCUUGCCACCAUCUACAAAAGUGACAAUAGCUUGUCACUAUCUACAAAAGUGA